GUAUAUGCAAAAGAGUAACAAAUAAAACAAUUGCAUAUGAAUAAAUGACAACGCAUCAACAAAAACAAAAAUAUUAGAAAUUAAAAAUGAAAAAAUCAAUUUGAAUUAAGCAUUCUAUGAAAAAAAGUCAACAAAACAAUUUCGUACUUCAUUAUAACGAAAAAAUAAAACUUAGAAAUCUUAAAUCUAUACAAAAAAAAAAAAAAAAACUAAUAUAAAAAUUCUUUUUACACGAAGAGCGUAAAAAAUACAAAUUUGCAAUAGGAAACGCAUCGAAAUCGUCUGCAGUUAAUUUCGAAUGAAACUUACAAUUUACCAAUAUAGCUGAGAAAGCAAUAAAAAGCAACAAUUUUGCAUAACCAUCAAAAACAACAACAACCGGCAGCAUAAAGUAGGAAUAUUAGCAACGGCAACAAAAGCAACAAACAACGAAAUACUCAACAAGUAAUUCUUGCGCUGUAAGUUUGUUUCGUUUUGUUUGGAGAUACGCGAAUACGCGAGUCGAUAGGAGAGGAAAAACAAGAAAAUUGUGCGUUGUGUGUAAAGGGGCAACAGCAUAUUAAAACAACAAAAAAACGAACAGGUCAAGAUCAUAAAAGAGUUUGCGUCAAAAGCUGCAGUCAACAUAAUUGAAGAAGAAAUAAACAAAUCAACGACCAAAAUGUCGGAAUCGGUUUGUCACAAAUGCAACGAAGUUAUUACAAAGCGCAUCAUAACAGCGCUCGGUAAGACCUGGCAUCCAGAGCACUUUGCUUGCAAGGAUUGCAACACACCCAUCGAGGAGGCCACAUUCAAUAUACAAGACGGCGAACCGGUUUGUUCUAAAUGCUUUCUGAAAAACUACUCAGGCACAUGUCAUGGCUGUAAGCAACCCAUAUUGGAGCGCACGAUUAAGGCGCUCGGCCAAACUUGGCAUGAGGAUUGCUUUGUGUGUGGCGGACCGUGCCAGAAGCCCCUAGUGGGCACCUCCUUCUACGAGCGUGACGGACGCGCCUACUGUAAAACGGACUUUGAGGAAUUGUUUGCAGCCCGUUGCGCUGGCUGCGCCAAACCGAUCACAGAGAAUGCCAUUGUGGCGUUAGAUGCCAAAUGGCAUCGGGACUGCUUCAAAUGCAAGAAAUGCGCCAAUCCAAUCACAGCGAGUAUAUUCGCAGUUGAAGAGAACAAACCAGUUUGCACGGAGUGCUCAGCCUAGAAAGAAACAAGCAAGCAAGCAAAGAAGCAGAAGUAAUAAGUAAUGUGAAUGCGAUGAACAAUGGAUAUGCGAGGAGAGGGGAGCGCAGCGAAUAAUUACCUGAAAAUUUAGUUAUAAAAAGCAACUCAAAUAACAAAAAAGGGAUACAAGUUAAAUAAUACCUUUUACAAAGCAAGCAUAGCAAAUAAUUUGAGCAGCUAAAAAGUACUUCUAAUUCUUCGUAAUUGCAAAAAUGUUAACUUAGUCGAAAAUAAUUCAAAAUUUUACAAAUACUUUUCGGCUAAUUGUGUUCGCUAUUGCGCCACUAACCGUGAAAAAAAAACAACAAGAAAGCUGAGAAAGACCAUCGCAGAUUUACACAAUAGCAUUAUUCAGAUAAUCAACACUUUAAUAUUCAGACACGAUCCACACAAUCCACAUUUUACACACCCUAUAGUCCAUAUACGCCGACACACAAAUCACCUCACUGAACGUUGUACACGCCCGACUGACGACUAACUGCCGGACAGACUAAAAAGCUGCUGUGUGACAUUUUGGACUACUCUCGGAGUAGUUUUGGCCUUCUUUGCUGCUCUUAAAACCCUCAAGCAAAAGCGAUCGACCGUUAACGUACUGACAUUUUUUUUAAUUACUGCAGGCAAAUUUAUUAUUUAAGAUUCUAUUUGCGUUUGAUUCGUUUAAAGAAUUUUUUUCCUUCUAUUUUGCUUCGUUUCUUCGAUAAAGAAAAAAAUUAAGCUUAAUUGUUUUUUAUUACUUUGAUUAUUUUUUCUACAAAAUAUGCAUUAAAAAUUAUGUAAAUUUCAAUGGU